AAAACGCCAGUGCAUAAAUGUCAUUUCUACGCAAAAAUAGGAAAUUGAUGUUGCUCUCGGGGACAUUGUUAGACGAUAAUAAUAUCUCGAGGUAUUGCAGUGGCUGUGUAGUGUUUUCGGUGGUGUAAAAUGUGACGGUUUAAAGAACCUUACGGAAUAGGUAAAAGUUUUUCGCGAUCGAUACAACAAAUACAAGUGUAAAUACAAAAAAAUCCGAUGUUCUUUGGUGCAUAUUUUGUGCAGUGACAGUUUAAAAUUAUGGAUAUAUCAUGGAAAUUAAUUAGUUUAUCGCUGGGACUGCUACUGUUUCAAUUAUGCAAUGGAUUUCCUAUUAAUUUGGAAAACACUUCUGCAGAUUCGCAUUCCCAGCUGCUGACGGGACUUGUAGCGGUUCUAUUGACCGUUUGCAGCGUCGUCUUUUUGGUCGGAUGCCUUUGUUGUCACCGUAAAAAUGGAUUUAAGGAAUUUCGGGAUAGUCCGGUGGUAGCCUCGACUUCUUCAAAUUUGGACCAUGGCCAUGUUAACCCCAUUUCUAAUGGAGAAUUUACGAUAUUCACUCCAUUAUCACCUCCACAUCAAAAUAACAACGUGUUUCUUGCCAAUCAACAGAUAAUAACUAGAACCCCUGAUGAUUAUACUUAUGGAGAUGUAGACGUCAGUAAUUGGUUUGGUCCUGGAGAAAAAGAGUUUCCAAGAAAUAAAUUAAAAUACAUAAAGGAACUUGGAAGAGGCUGGUUUGGAAAGGUUGUGGAAGGUGCUGCCCAAGAAAUAGGCAACAAUCACCAGCAAUGGACUCCCGUGGUGGUUAGGAUACUUGAAGCUUCAGCUUCGAGCCGAGAGCGGGUGAUUUUUCUCCACGACGCUUCGAUUUAUAGGUGCGGUACUCACCCUAAUCUGCUCAAGCUGAUUGGACGAUGUCUUGACACCAUACCUUUGUUGCUGCUUCAAGAGUAUUGUCCUCAGGGAGACUUAAAAAACUACUUGAGACUGAACAAGUUAAACUCUGAAAAUUCAGUAUUAUCAACUGAGUACCCCUUAAUAUGGAGUUGCCAACUGACGUCAGCUUUAAAGUUUCUUCACGAAAAAAACGUUACUCAUCCCGAUUUGGCAAGCCGAAACUGCCAGCUGACGUCGAAUCUCACUCUGAAGCUGGGCGACUACGGCCUCGCCGUCCAGCGCUACCCGCAAGACUACUAUCAGGGAUCUGAGGGCGUGGCGGUCAGGUGGUGCGCGCCCGAGUCCCUGAUCUGCACGUCGACCACCAUCCAACCGAAAAAGAUCACCAAGGAGGCGAACGUGUGGUCGCUGGGCGUGACGAUAUGGGAAAUAUGCGAGUGCGGUGAGCAGCCGUACGUGACCCUGACCGACGACGAGGUGGUGUCGCAAGUCUUAGGAUCUCCAAAUUUUAGACUGACUAGACCUACUUUUACAGUACUUUAUACAGAUUAUAUAUACCGUUUAAUGGAGCUAUGCUGGACCAAUGCAGAAUCACGUCCUUCCGUAGCACAAAUCGACUUAAUGCUUUCCGAUCUGUUGCUAGUCCACAAAAACACGAACGCGUCUUCUAACAGCGCAGCGGCGGUGGAGCCGUCCGAUUUCGAUAAGCGAUGGGAGUCCCUCAAGCCAAACCACAUUGUCAAAACCGACAAUCACAUCACUAGCUCUAUAGGCACACUAGAGGGAGACUUCGUGAUCGAAAUCACGAAGCCCCUGUCUCCCAGCUUAAACAACUUGCACGGUUCGUUGGACAAUUUGGCUGGAAACCGUGGCAAGUUGUUGGAGUUCAAACUUGGCCCUGCCCCUCCAUCGUUGGACCAAAGCACGUUGAGUGACAGUUUGAACGGUAGCCUGCCGCAUAGGAGCAGCGAAAGUGAGACGGAGGACGAGAAUUGGAAGAAGAAGAUCGAGCUGGGGGCCUAUACGGAGAAAGUGCGACAAAAAUCCAAGUCUGUAGCCGAUCUGAUGGUCCUUACUCACAUCGAUUACUCGGAGUCCGAAUCUGAAACGCCCUUGCCCAGUUUAGAUUAUAGAAUUAAUUACAAAAACGUAAGAUAUCCCCCCAAAAGUAACCUGGAGAAUGUUAGCCUAACAUUCGGCAGCGAGGGAAACUUGCUGAGUGUCCACGACACUUUCCAAGAUGAGCUGAAGAAGCUGCAAGAAGAACGUAGAGAUAGUCUGCUUUUCGUACCUGAUAACCAUAGUCAAAAUACAGUUAGUUUUAAUGAAAAUGAACCCUUCGUAGAUUUACUAAAAGUGUCAAAUAUUAAUGAUGAGUCGCCUAGCAAAAGGCUAAUGCAAGAACUGAACAGCGGCGCGGAUAUUAAACCCGCAAACCAAGUUUACAAUGUAUUUAAGGUUACCAUUGAUAAAUACAGCCCCUUACAUGUAAAUAGUGUCAAGUUGCAGGAAAUUAUUAACUUGGAAGAUUACGACGAAACCAUUUCAGUUGAUGGUCCAAAACUCGCAGAAGAAAACAUAUCAGAAACAAUAAAACCUAAAAAACAAGAAGUUGAAAAGGUAUUUAUGCAUUCUUUGCCAAACCAUACAACAGAAGAAAAACCAGAAAAAAUUGUUGAUUCUCACAAAAUUGAUUUUGUUGUAGAAGACAAACCACCAUUAAACAAUGCAGAACCUAAAACACAAAGAAUAGAAAAUGUGGCGGUAGAUUUUUUGCCGAACGACGCAACUGUUGAGGAAAAUUCACCAUUACACAAUAAAAAAACUGAUUCAAUUAAGACAAGUUACACGGUCCCAACACUGGUCCAAUUAAUUGAAUCAAGAGAUGAGCUAAUGGAUUAUAUUAUUACGAAUUACGAUCAUGACAGUUUAGAUGAUUCUUUUGAAAAGGAAAUUGAUGAAGGCCCAGUAAAAAGUACUAGUAUUAAGUUUAAUUCGGAAAAUUUGUAUCAAAGUGAUAGUAUUGAAAGUAUUAAAUUGAGUGAUAGAGGGGAAAAGAAAAUGGACGUUAAUGUAGCAUUUAUAAAAGAAGAAAACCAAACUGAAGAAACUAAAAAAGUUGAAUUUGAUCUCGACCAAGAAGCAACAUUGCCAAACUCACUCACACAAUCCAGUGUUUUCACCAGCACUCCAUUCAGAAAGAAGAGUCUGCAAGAGGUUGAAGAAACGUAUCCCAGCUUGAAUAUAUACAACGAAAACGUUGAGGAUCCGGAAAAAAUUGAAGAAGAUCUACAAUUUUCAUCCAACUUCACUCCCCUGGACGAAAAUGAAAGAAACCUAAACUACUCGUUGGAAACCUGGGAUAAUUUUCUGGGCAAAACCAUGGAUACGCAGGAUCACGAAGAAGAAAUGUUUAAUAGUCUUAUAUCGGCACCAAAAAAUUUUAUCGAAUGCGAUGAAGUUCUAGAUUGUAAUCCCCCGGAUUUAAUAAAGGAUUUGGGGGCUUCCGAAAGGCAAUACACUCCGGAUAAUACUCCAGAAAACGAAACGUACGUUUUGGAAAAUCCAAGCGAUGAAGUGGACGAUGCGAGCGAAGACAACACGUUCAUCAUCAACAGACUGGAUGAUGAUGAUGAUGACGAUGAGAAAGACGAAGGUGGAACGUGGGAAUCAGGCGGCGGUUGGUUCUUACAUCCUCGAUCGAACGACGAAGACGUUUCGGGCGAAAUGGAAACAAACACGAAACACAAAGACAGCUACGUCGGUUUCAAUAUGGACGACGAGAUCAUGGCUGCCAUACGAAACGAACUACUAACAAAACUUCCCCAUGCUCAGGGCACAGCCAGUGAGAACGUCAAAGAGGACGAGGAAUGGGAGACUGAGGAAAGAAGUGAAGUUUUUUUGAAGUACAAUGUUUACCAUGCGCCGCUCUCCCCCAUUCCCGAAGAGGAUAGUUUGUUCGAGAGUUGUUCAGGAGAUACCACACCAAGGCAAAAUUCAGAAUGCGACAGUUACAGUUCAGAAUACGAAGACCAAGAAGAAGAAGUCAUGCCGCAAGAUACAGAAACAGUUUCUGUGCAUCGUUCGGAAAGUACACACACUAAUUUGCACAGACAAACCCCAAGUCAAGAGUCUUGUUGCUCGAAUGACACCUUGUUUAACUUGGAAGAGUUGGUCUGCAUAACCGAUCAGGAAUACAAUAAGAAUGCUGUGGAAGAUUCAUUUAAUAAACGAGAAAAUGAAAUCGUUGAAAUUAAAACCCCAGAAAUAGUUUCCAAUAAAUGUAUAGAGGAUUUUCUGCAAUCGGAAAGGGAAAGUAGUUCGGUGACUUUAAUAAAAGUUGAAUCUUGUGAGGACGAAUCGAGUUCUGAAACUCCAUCUACGUCCACGGAUCCUUUGUUGUUGUACAACAAAAAGUCGUUUGUUCCUCCGUUACCUUCUCCCGAGGAUAAACCUUGGAAACAGUUGCCUGCUUCUCAGUUGACUUAUGAUAAAGUUAAUUAUACCAACGUUAGGGAAAUUAAUGAACCAAGUGCAAACAUUUACGAGAAUGAUGAAAUUGGUCAGAACGAAAAACAGGAAGUGUACGAGUAUGUUGAUAAAUUUAAAAAAAUUGAUACAAAUACAAGAGGGGAUGAAAUAUAUGACGAUGUUGAUACAGAUACAUUAUAUGAUAAUGUUGAUACAAAUACGAGAAGUGAUGAAUUAUAUGAUAGUGUAGAUAAUGUAGAAAAUAUAAACCCAAAUAAAACCAAAGCAGCAGAUCAAGAAGUCUAUGAAAACGUCCCCAGUGCUAAAAAGAGUGAGAUCAACCCCGAAUACAAAAACGGGGACGACCUAAAUGUAGUGUACGAAAACAUCGAAAACGUGAGAGAUUUUUACAAUGAAGCCGAUUACGCGACCCUGGUUAAUCUCGAAAAUACAAAAAAUUCGGCGGACUUCAACACGAAGCUGACGCCGGACGAGUGCGAAGAUACCGACGAAUUAAUUAUCAGUCAGGACGAUGACGAUUUGUUUGGAGUUUUAACCGAUAUCAGGUUUAGCGGGCCCACCGACAGCCAAUUUAUGUCGACGUCGUUCAGCGAGAGUAACGACAACGACGAGCAAGAUUGGGAUAGCGGGUCGGAUACCAGAUCCAGCUCUAGCGGAGAAUUCAUUUGGAAGUUGGAUGAUAUUAAACCUUUGGAGGGUAUAGAAGAAGAAGCAUAUAGUGAAGGUAGUGUAAGUAGCGGUUGCACGAGUAGCGAUGAAGGGGAAAACCCGGAGUUUGUUCCUUCGGCGUGGGAUAAAUUUGCCACGCCUACGAAAUCUGCGCUCAGAUCUCCAGAGAAAACGUUGGAAAAGGAGGAAAAGAAGACAAGGGGCGUUUGGUUUAAGAAACAAAAAUACCAUUGCGUUUAUGAGUAUCCAAGAGAACCAGAAAGUCCUGUAUUACAAAGCCAAGAUUUGUGGAAACCACAAUCAGAUUUUACUUCGUUUGGAGACUGGGACUUUGAUGCAGAUACUUAUUUACCUCCACCCACCGGCGAUACCGAUAUUUUAAACCUUAACAACUACCAACCUCCAAACUACAAUAAAGGUAGAAAUCUGUACGAACUCGUCGACAUAUCCGAACCAACGGGCAAUUCCGCCGGCAACGAUGACGAAUUCUUUAUAAGCGGAUCGGCGCGCCCCUUCGACAUGAUCAGCAGCCUAAGUUCUCAGUUUUUCCCCGGCAGCAACAGCCAUUGGGCGCCGGAAAACAUGACCCCAGACAGCGGCGUCGAAGACAUAACCCCUGGUAGUCUGAUAGACGACUACCCAUCGGUGGCGUCGCGGAAAUUUAAUGCGGUACCGUCGCUUAAAACGCUUGCGGCCGAAGUGUCGAACAAAUCGAAAAGGCAAAAUGUUAAUAACGUGUUGGGUGGUCUGCGACACACGAGGAAUAAAUUGAAGUUGGAUUUGCCACCGAGCCCGAGCGCUUUCACGAUCAAUAAAACUUUUACGGUGGAGUCUGAUAUUGAACCGGUGGUACUGAGGGAAAAGCCAACGUUUACAACGUUCGGUAAAAGUCGGUUUUUGGUUCAGCAAGUCGACACUCCAGAUGGCGCUAUGGAUAACAAAAAUGUUUCGUUUGAAGCAUUGCCUUAUAAACCACUUAAAACUUUCGAAGUUGAAGAGAAAAACAAGGAAAACCUAAACGAGCCACUGACAACAAUAAAAAGCCAAAUUAUCAAGGAAGAUUUCGAAUCUGACAAGUUAAAAACCAAAAUCGAAAAAGUAAAAGGGGAGGCCAGUCUGUUGGAUAGUGCAGAUGAAGACAGUGGCAUAGAGUCAAGUACCUUAGAAAGAAAACUAAAUAAUGUUUUGUAGAAAAUCAUCACAUUUACCUUAAUUAAGUAAUAUAGUUUGAUAUAUUACAAAUUAACAAAGUUAAACGUAGAAUUGGAUCCAAAAAAACAUAAAAUUGUUAGGAAUUAACACAAACUUAUCAUGCAAGUAUAAUGCACAUCAUAUUUAACGCAAUAUUAAUUUUACUCUACCAUAUGCAAUAUUCUCAACUUAACAGAAGUUAUUUAUUUAAUCAUUUUAAUUCCUCAUUUUAAUAAAAUGCAAAUUUAGCAAAUAACUGUUUAUUUUCUCAAACAUUUUCAUAUUUUUGCGUUUAUUAAUUUCACUAGUUAAAAAUUCACAUUUUUAAAUUCCUGUUAAAGGGUACUUAAUUUUUUAAAUAAUAACGAACGUAAUUAAAAAAUCUCUUACCAUUUUAAACAGACAAAAGUAAAAAUACUUACAUUAGUUGUGUUGUAUGAAAGUAGUGUCAAAGUUCUGAAAGUAAAUGUUGUGUUUAUUCGUUUUAUUGUUAAAAUAUCAUUUUGGGUAAAUUACAAUGGUCAACAGCCAUUUUGCCUCAGGGUGGCUAACAAAUUUUCUAGGGUAAUUUUGGUGCGCUUAUUCCAAAUAUAACUAUAAUUACUUAAACAAUAAUAAAAUUACUAUAUUUAAUUGAAUAUAGUAACGUACCCUUAAAAACCAAUUACUUACUAUGUUUUAACAAAGAAAACAAUAUUUCUAUUUAAAUACCUUGCGUGAUCACUUUCAGUGUACAUGCAAAUUUUUUAUUAAAAUUAGAUUAGAAUAAAUUUAACUGAAUGAAAUUAACACUACUAUUGUCCUUAUCACUUGGUAUUUAUUUAUAUUAUAUGUUCAUAAGAACCUGGUUUAUCCAAAACAAUUAUUUCACGGUACCAUAAUUCCAACUAUACAUAGGAAAAACACCUAUCAAGGGUUUUCUUUAAACAAAAUUGUUUUUACAAAUGUUACUUAACAUUCCGCUCGCCACUCCAGAAAUGAAUGUUUCAACAACAAUAAUUGUUAGGUAAUCUGUACCUAUUUAUAAUCCACUUUAAUUGUACAUUAACGAAUAUUUCCUUAAUCUCCUCAAAAUUAAUAUUUUAUCUUCAAAAGAUUUCUCUCACUAAGUUAGAAAUAAAUAUGGCUUAAUAAUUGUUUACACCCCAAAACCAUAGAAAAAUUAAAAUAGAACAUUUAGUACUCAAGAUACUCUUGUAUAGGUUAUAUGUGGUUUAAAAUAUUUUUAAUUUUCACAGGUAGUUUGUUAAAGUCAAUUAUUUAUUUUAUUUUGUUUAAAAUAGGUUUUUUUAAGUACUUACUUUAUGAAUGUGGAUAAUUUAUUUUUGUUAGUUAAAUUAUCUACAUGACCAAUGAUCCUUGGUUAAAGUAUUUGAUUAAAAAAAUAUAAAUAAAUAUACAAGGU